AUGGGUCACGUGGCGCAAUCCAUGGCUUCCGGUGGUCAUCCUGAGGGUGGCAGUCUGGCUAGGCUGCAGAGACUUGCAGCGAGCAGGCAGGCCGCGCUCAUGGAGAGUGUGUGCAGCGAGUCCUGGCAGCGUCUGGUAGAAAAGAUCCAGUCCCGCAACCAGCGCCUGGCUGCUGCUGGCGAGAUCCAUCGCGACGCCGGGGACCUGCUGGCGCGGGCCCGGGAGCGCCGGACCCGCCUCGCCCCGCCCCCCGCGCCCCGCGACCUGCGCGCCGCCACCGCCCUCUUGAGGGACCACGACGCAGCCGAGAACGAUAUGGUCGCUAUAGACGCGCAGACUUGA